GGAAUUACAGUUCUGUGAAACGUGAGUGAGGUAGAGAGGCACCGGAACGACCGUUUCAAGAGAACCGACUACGAAUUUUUACUUUUCCGAAAUAGGUGAAAGCGCGGUGUGAAGCCGUGUUGGUAUUACUUCCGGAGCACCAGCUGAGCAUAAACACUGCGUUUUGCUGUGGCAACUAUCGCUGUGCCAGGUGAAACCAUGCACCUUCAACACUUGUGAAGCGAUAAAGGCAAAUUACAAAAACCUUUGGACCCCUUAAUGUGCAGCUUCUUCAUUUAUAUACACCAAGAGACACACACCAAAGGCAAGACAGAGCCACGCAAUACUGUGAUGUCUUCAAUCCCUCUGGCAGCUCCACUGCAUGCUGACUCUGCUUCCCCAGCUGUAGAGAUGGACCCGGUGGAGUACACUCUCAGGAAGCGCCUCCCCCGGAAACUCCCAAAGAGACGCAACGACGUCUAUGUCAACAUGAAGACUGAUUUCCGGGCUCAGCUGGCACGCUGUCAGAAGCUUCUGGAAGGCGGUGGUCACAGGGAGAUCUGUGUUCACGGCCUGGGCCUUGCCAUCAACAGAGCUAUCAACAUCGCCCUUCAGUUACAGGCCAGCAGCCAGGGGGCACUACAGCUGGCAGCAAACACCUCUACUGUGGAGCUGGUGGACGACCUGGAGCCUGAAGAUCCUGAUGAGGCGGGGGAGCCCAUGACACGAACACGCAACAACUCAGCCAUUCAUAUUAAGGUGUUCUACCCUGACCCCCAGUAACCUAAGCUGUGCUCAGUGGGCGUCCCCGGUCAAGAAGAAGACAUCAUUUCUUUCUAGUUUUUUUAUGUGAUGACCUUUAAUGGCAAUGACAGAACACAAUAGAAUGGAGCAGACAAGCAAGAGUACAGCCUAUGUCUGUGUCAACAAACAUUGGAAAUGGACAGCCGUAUUUUGGAUGUUUUCUGCUCGAUUUCUUGAUGUCCUGUAGCCUGCCUUUUAGUUUGCAUGCAUCGAUGCCGCCUUGGCGUUCAUCUGCAGAUGAAGCAGCAGUGUUCUUUGGGUGAAACCUCAGUGUCAUUUAAUACUUGAAGACAUUAAGUGUUUUUGCCAUGCAUCUUGACAUGGCUGUGUUUAAAAAAAAAAAAAAAAAAAUACACAUUCAAGUGUCUUUUUAAUUUUAAGACCCACAGGUCUGUGCUAGUGUUUGGUUCACGUUUGUGUUUUCAUAAAUAAAUAAAUGAGAAAACCUGUUAACAUUUCAUGCAGGUGUUAUUGGUGUCCACUUGAUGUCAGUAAUGAGCUGCACACAGACAUGGCAGGGUGUUACCCAUCUGCAGCUAACUUCUAUGGAAACAUCACAACUGGCUUACAAUAGGGCUUUGACAGAGGGUCAGCGAUAUUUAAAAGUGUAUUUACUUUUGGCUUUGUAUCAUUGUAAUUGUUGCUGUAUACAUUGGUCAAAAUGGUGCAGUUGAUUUGUGGACACAAUAAAAUCUGUGGCGAGAAUCUUUAA